AUGUCUAACGGAAACGCUUCAACUGGCCAGUCCUACCUGGACCAAGCCACCGGUCUCGCCCAACGUGCCAUGGGCACUGUAACCGGCGACUCUUCCACCCAAGCCAAGGGUGACGUCAAGAAAGCCGAAGGCGAAGCCAAGAACGAUGCCUCGCACACCACCGCCCGGAUCGGCCCCAUCUCCGCCGACCCCAACACCGGCGCAGUCGCAAAAGACAACGAGGACCGCCCUUCUGGCCAAUGGGACCAGACCCUGGGCUCGACCAAAGAAGCCAUCGGCAACCUGAUCGGCAACGAGAAUCUGCGCCGUACUGGUGCAGAGCAGAACGCCGCAGGCAAAGAGCAGGAAGCCAAGGGUCAACUGAAGGACUUGGGUGAGGGUGUUGGAGACCGCGUGCAGGGCGCGCUGGGAUCCGUUGGCGCUGCUGUUAUCGGUGAUCGGGCGAAGGAACAGGAGUACCGCGAUCAGCAUGAUGAGGGCAAGGUUCGCCAGCGCGGCGUUGAGGCUGAGCUUGCUAAGAAGGAUGGC